UGGAUUACUGACCAGAAGGUAUGGGGGGGGUUUGAAUCCCAGGUCCACCAAGCUGCCACUGCUGGGCCCCUGAGCAAGGCCCUUAACCCUCGAUUGUAUCUGGACAAUCUGGACGAUGGCUGGACUCUGCGUGUAAACAGCUCGCGCUGUGAAAAUACCCUGCUCUAUGAUCCUGACGUGCCAUUUUGGAUCGCACUCCUGUACUAAAGAGGGUCUAAAUAGUACGCUCGGUAACUAUGGCAACCUGUGGAGGCGCACUACUUUGAUAACCAUCCUUCCCCUUUCUUCCCUCCUGAUAAAGAGUGGAUUUCUGAGUGACACCAGAGAGAGAGAGAGAGAGACAGAGAGAGAGUUUAUGCUUCGGGGUGGUAACCGGUUCAAGUAGUGAUGCUCCAGCGGACAGCCAUCGCGCGUUUCACGCACUCGGUGUUGCCAGAUUGGGGGAUUCCCUUUUCUCCAAGCCUGGGUUUAUAGGCUUGCGUAGCUCUGCCACACUUGGAUACACUUUGGACUGGUUUACAGCGAUUUUUUGUGGGGACAAGCAAUCUGGCAACCCGGGUUUCGGGGGAAAUUAAACGGUGCGCAGCAGAGACAUGGACUCGGGACUGCAGAGGGGGAUAAAAAAGUGAAAGGGUGAAGUGAGCUGGGUUGUGUUUUUGUAACUCGGGUCAUCGGGGUGUGUGUGUGUGUGUGCGAGAGAGAGAGAGAGAGAGAGAGUGAGAGGGAGUGAGGCUCGGCUCGGCUCGGCUCGGCGGUGCGCCAUGGUGGAGCUGGAGAAGGAGGUGCUGCCGCUGCCGCCGCGCUACCGAUUCAGAGACCUGUUGCUCGGAGACUGGCAGACUGACGACAGAGUCCAGGUCGAGUUUUACGUGAACGAGAACACGUUUAAGGAGCGCCUGAAGCUCUUCUUCAUCAAAAAUCAGAGAUCCAGUCUGAGAGUCCGCCUCUUCAACUUCUUCCUGAAGGUGGUCAGCUGCCUGCUGUACAUCGUCCGAGUGCUGCUGGAUGACCCGCGGGAGCAGAGGGACUGUCCUGGCUGCCUCAGACAGAAUGCCUCUGCACAGAACAAAAGCCAUUUUGACUGGUCCCUCAUUAUCUGGGUGAACAGACCUCUGCCACUUUGGGCACUCCAGGUCCUUGUGGCUUUCAUCAGCUUUUCAGAAACCAUGUUGCUCGUGUACCUGAGCUACAAGGGCAACGUGUGGGAGCAAGUGUUACGUGUCCCGUUCAUCCUGGAGAUGAUCAGCGCCGUCCCUUUCGUCAUCACUGUGAUUUUACCCUCGCUCCGAAACCUGUUCAUUCCCGUCUUUCUGAACUGCUGGCUGGCCAAACACGCGCUGGAAAACAUGAUCAAUGACCUACACAGAGCCAUCCAGCGCACUCACUCAGCCAUGUUCAACCAGGUCCUCAUCCUCAUCAGCACUCUCCUCUGCCUCAUCUUCACCUGUAUCUGUGGGAUUCAGCACCUGGAGCGAGCGGGGAAUAAUCUCACGCUCUUCGACUCUCUGUAUUUCUGUGUGGUCACCUUCUCCACCGUAGGUUUCGGAGACGUCACGCCUCAGAUCUGGCCCUCUCAGCUCCUGGUGGUCAUCAUGAUCUGCGUCGCUCUCAUUGUGCUGCCCAUUCAGUUUGAGCAGCUGGCUUUCCUGUGGAUGGAGAGGCAGAAGUCUGGAGGUAACUACAGCCGCUACAGAGCUCAGACGGAGAAACACGUGGUGCUCUGUGUCUCCUGUCUGAAGAUAGAUCUCCUCAUGGAUUUCCUCAACGAGUUCUUCGCUCACCCCAGACUGCAGGAUUACUACGUGGUGAUCCUGUGUCCAGCGGAGAUCGACGUCCAGGUACGCCGGGUCCUGCACAUCCCGCUGUGGGCUCAGAGGGUCAUCUACCUCCAGGGUUCUGCACUCAAAGACCAGGAUCUAAUGAGGGCCAAGAUGGAUGAUGCAGAGGCCUGUUUUAUCCUGAGCAACCGGUUUGAAGUGGAUCGCCUCGCCGCUGAUCAUCAGACUAUCCUCCGAGCCUGGGCGGUGAAGGAUUUUGCCCCGAACUGUCCUCUCUAUGUCCAGAUCCUCAAACCUGAGAACAAGUUCCACGUCAAAUUUGCAGAUCAUGUGGUGUGUGAGGAAGAGUUUAAAUACGCAAUGCUCGCCCUCAACUGUGUGUGUCCAGGAACGUCCACUCUCAUUACCUUACUCAUCCAUUCCUCCAGAGGACAAACAGCGCCUUCAGAAACCUUCAAGCAGCGAGGAGGAGCCUUUCAGACCCUUACCAGGGAAGGCGGAGCGAACUCAGCUGACCAAUGGCAGCGCACAUACCGCCGCUGCUCGGCCAAUGAGGUGCAUCACAUCCGGCUGGAGGAGAGCAAAUUUUUCGGGGAGUACCAGGGCAAGAGCUUCACCUUCGCCUCAUUCCAUGCACACAAGAAAUACGGCGUGUGCCUUAUUGCCGUACGGAGACUGGACACGGCCAAUAUCCUGCUGAACCCCGGGCCGUGCCACAUCAUGGGAGCUUCAGACACCUGCUUCUACAUCAACAUCUCCAAAGAGGAGAACUCCGCCUUCGUCCGGGGACACAGAGAACCCAGCAGGGGCUCAGGGGACAGCUCCAGAGGCGUGCCUCAAACCAUCUACCACGGACUCACACGUCUGCCUGUCCACAGCAUCAUCGCCAGCAUGGGCACGGUGGCCAUAGACCUGCACGACUCCAGCGACAGCAGCCCAGAAGGCUCGGGCCCAGGGGGCGUGCCCCUGAGCACGGGAAGGACUGGACGUGGCGGAACCCGUGUUGAAGUGGGUGGAGGCAACACCUUGGCCCCACCCCCUGUGGGUGACUCAGGUGAGGACAGGAGGCACAGCAUUGCUCCAGUCCUGGAACUUGUGGAUGGUGUCCACGGCCCCACCUUCGACCUGCUGGGGGACCAAUCAGAGGAUGAGGGGGGAGAAGAUGGUAAAGAAGAGGGGGAAGAAGAGGAAGAGGAAGUGGGGCACAAGGGCCAGUGGUGGGGUAUGCAGGGCGAGUGGGUAAAGGGUUACCCACUAAACUCCCCAUACAUUGGAAGUUCUCCUGCCCUUUGCCACCUCCUGCAGGAGAAGAUGCCCUUUUGCUGCCUUCGCCUUGAUAAGGCGUGCCAUCACAUGCCCUACGAGGACGCUCGCUCGUACGGGUUCAAGAACAAGCUGAUCAUCGUGUCGGCUGAAAGCGCUGGGAACGGCCUCUACAACUUCAUCGUGCCUCUGCGAGCGUAUUACAGACCCAGGAAGGAGCUGAACCCCAUAGUGCUCCUGCUGGAGAGCGUACCUGAAGCAGACUUCCUGGAGGCUAUCUGCUGGUUCCCUAUGGUCUUCUACACCGUGGGAUCCAUCGACAAUCUGGACAGUCUGUUGCGCUGUGGCGUGACGUUCGCAGACACCAUGGUGGUGGUGGAUAAGGAGAGCUCGAUGAUCGCAGAGGAGGACUACAUGGCCGACGCUAAAACCAUCGUAAACGUCCAGACGCUCUUCAGGCUUUUCCCAGCUCUCAGCAUCAUCACAGAGCUCACGCACCCAGCCAACAUGCGCUUCAUGCAGUUCAGAGUGAAAGACCAUUACUCACUCGCCCUCUCCAAGCUGGAGAAGAAGGAGCGAGAGCGUGGCUCCAACCUGGUCUUCAUGUUCCGUUUGCCCUUCGCUGCAGGGAAGGUGUUCAGUGUCAGCAUGCUGGACACGCUGCUGUAUCAGUCCUUUGUGAAGGACUACAUGAUCUCCAUCACCAGAUUGCUGCUGGGGCUGGACUCCAUGCCUGGCUCGGGCUUCCUGUGUGCUAUGAAAAUCACAGAAGAGGAUUUGUGGAUCCGCACUUACGGCCGGCUGUACCAGAAACUCUGCUCCUCCACAGGAGACAUUCCCAUCGGCAUCUACCGCACAGAGGCUCAUAAACUCCCCGUGUCUGAGUCUCAGGUGUCCAUCACGGUGGAGGACUAUGAGGACACUCGGGAGCUGCGAGAGCCUCUGCUCUGUCGCUCUGGUCCUCACCGUAACUCCACCUCGUCUGAGCCACUCUCCUCUUCCUCCUCGUCCUCCCAUGCCUCGGAUCACCCUCUGUUGAGGAGGAAGAGCAUGCAGUGGGCGCGGCGGCUGAGCCGGAAAAGCGGACGUGGGUCAAGUGGUGCCAAGGGAGCGGGCAGCGCCGCCGAGAGAAUCACACAACAGAGACUCAGCCUAUUCCGCCGGUCUGAGAGGCAGGAGCUCAACGCACUAGUCCGCACCCGCAUGAAGCACCUCGGCCUCUCACCUUCUGGAUUCAAUGGGAUGACUGAUCAGGGCAACAGACUCUCGUACAUCCUCAUCAACCCAUCACCUGACACACGGCUUGAGCUUCAUGAUGUAGUGUAUCUGAUCAGACCUGAUCCUUUGUCUCUGGUGCCUAACCAGGGGAGUGGGCGGAAACCUUGCGUCGGCAAAUCGGACACGGAUCGUCACCGGUUUAACACGCAGGACAGCACACACCUCUGAUCGCACACCUGCACAACUACACAGCGGCCUGGAAGUGUGUGUGGCAGUGUGUAUGUGUGUGUGUGUGUGUAUGAGUGAGAAAGAGAGAGAGAGAGAGAGAGAGAGAGAGAGAGAAGACCAAGAGACCGGAGAAGACUGGACUGUGAACUGGACCUGAUUCCGAUCAGCCGUUUCUUUUCUAUCCAGAAGACUCACAGAAAGCAUGGACAGGUUUUAUUUAUGCACUGGUUUGGUUUAGAUUUGUUUUUUUGUUUUGUUUUUCUUUUCCCGACGCGACGGAAGCCGAGGCCACGUAAGUGCAUUAAAACGCAAGUCGUAAUUUGUAUUAGUCUCCGUGCAUGUGAAUGUAUGUUCAGUAGCCGACACUGCCAAUCCGUUCUGGACUGCCAAAGGAACAACGUUGCCAAAUGUCUGUUAAAGGAGGAAGUAAAAUCCUCCGUCUUCGUCUCAUGAGAAGCCCAUCAUGUCUCUUAUCUGCUCUGUGGUCCAUCUUUUUCCCAUUCACACCCCGUGGCAGGGAUAUCAAAAAAGCUCCCUGUGGCAUUUCAACAUGUGCCAACAGCACAGCAGCCAAACAGGAGCUUAUUAAACUGGCAAGGACUCAAAUCGGUGAACUUUAUUCCCCCCUCCAUCUGUUUUGUCCUUCUUGAAGGAGACUGUUGAAACUUCUACAUGUUUAAUUAAGGUUUUUUUUUUUAAUACACUUGGGAUCGUUUUUGUACAUCAGUGUGUUGCGAUGUUAGCAUUGAUAAGGAUUGUGGAUUUUGGCUCUUUAUUUAGCUUUUUAAACCCUGUUGCUUAACCUGUUGUUUUUGUCCUCCGUCACUCUACCGUGUAGUUGUUGGCAUGCGCAGAGAGGAGCCUGCAUGCCAGAUUCGCACCCCUUACCGCUUUGUGCUCCUGUUGGCGUCAGGCUACGGCUGCCUUUAUUCAGUGCCGUUCACACACAAAGGCAUUAUAUAUGAAAUAAAAAAAAUCGUCAAAACACCAAACCACGGCCUUUCACGAGUCUCAUUGUGAAGAGCAAAUCUGUUGAUGAGAGACCGUGUGAGUCACCAAUGCUAGAACUCCAUCAGUAUUGUUAUAACCCUGUACUGUAGCUGUGUGUAGAACUCCAUAAUGCUGUCUCAUUCAAUGACUGACCACACUCACUGAAUGUCCACACCUAUACACUGACACAGACUCUGAUUCCGUGCUGUCCACUCCCACAGACUCUGACCAGACCCAUCUACUCACACAGACUCUGACCACACACAUUUACUCCAACAGCUUCUGACCACGGCCAUGUAUACCCACAGACUCUAAACCACACCUGUCCAUUACAAGAAACUCUGACCACACCCGUUUCUCUCACAGACUCUGACUAUGCCUGUCGUCUCCCACAGACUUUAACCACACCCAUCCGUUACAACACACUCUGACCACACCCAUCCACUCUCACAGACUCUGACCACACCCAAUCACUACAACACAGUCUGACCAUGCUCAUGUUCUCCAACAGACUCUGACCACACCUGUCCAUUACAAGAGACUCUGACCAAACACAUCCACUUCCACAGAUUCUGACCACACCUGUUCACCCCAAGAGACUUUCACCACCCAUCUACUGUGAGACACCAGUUCAAGUGCAGGAACACUUCUGUUCACUCAGCUGAAAUGAUGAGCAGCACAACAACCAUUAAUACCACAACAAAAUUCUUUCCACAUUGACUAGACAAUAAUUAUAGAAAUUCCAUGUCAUGACUUCACUGGAAACGAGUAUGAGGCUUCAUUUCUCAGAAACAGGAAGGGCCCUCUUGCUUCCUGUUCUGGAUCACACACCUACAUUGUGCAUCUUUGUAAAGCCGUCAUACUCUUUCGACUCACGAAUAUAAAUAGACACAUUUACCCAGAUUGAUCUAAGGCUUCCUCCUGCAAACACAGGAGAUGACUCAUCAUCAUCAUCAUCAUCACCCCACUGCUAAUGGCACUCCAGUUAAUGCUCUCAAGCACUAUUAGUUACAAUUAGUCACAGAUGCAAUAUUUCAUUUCUCUUUCUGUCUAGACCUAAUGUGAUGCAAAUGCUUUAAUGGAUUUCGGAUGCUAAGUCACAGUCUCAAUCUAUACCAUCUGCUGUAGGACAGAGAACAGACUGUUCCAGCACUAUUAUACUAAUAUAUGGGAACAA